AUGGAGUCCCUUAACCACAAACAGCGUUCAACGUACUGCGUCCUAUUGCUGUCGCUCUCUGUGCUGCUGCACGCGAGCGCUACACCGUCGGAUAAGAUAAGAUUUCAAGUGGACAGUGAAGAUGCUCGGCUAACCGUUCCCGAGUUGAUAAGCAAAUACGGGUACGCCGCCGAAGAGCACCCGGUCAAGACCACGGACGGAUACCGGCUGAUGUUGCACCGCAUAAAAAGUGACCGCCCCAAUGCCACCGUCGUGCUGCUGAUGCACGGUCUUCUGUGCAGUUCUGCGGACUGGCUAAUGAUCGGUCCAGGAAAUGCACUCGCUUACCUUCUGGCGGAUCGCGGUUACGAUGUUUGGCUAGGAAACGCUCGCGGAAACCGCUACUCACGCAACCACGACAGUCUCAGUCCGGUGUGGCCAUCGUUUUGGGAGUUUUCGUGGCACGAGAUCGGAUACCAUGAUCUACCGGCCACGAUCGAUUACAUUCUCGGCCGAACGCAGCAACCGCGGUUACACUACGUUGGCCAUUCUCAGGGAACGACGGCGUUCUUCGUGAUGGCCUCCAGUAGACCGGAAUAUAACGAAAAGGUGAUACAGAUGCAGGCGAUGGCACCGGUCGCCUUCAUGGAGCACAUGAACAGUCCGUUGCUGCUGCUGAUGACCAAGUUUCUCAACACGCUGGAUAUUCUAACGAGUCUGUUCGGAAUCGGCGAGUUUCUGCCCAACACGCCCGUCCUGCACGAGAUUGCCAAACGGAUCUGCCCAACCACGGUGCCGAACAACCUGUGCAUUCAUCUGCUCUUCCUACUUAACGGCUGCGAUCCUACGCAGCUGGAUCCGGUCAUGGUUCCGAUUCUGCUCGGCCAUACGCCGGCCGGGGCAGCGACGAAGCAGUUGGUUCACUACGCCCAAGAGGUUCGCUCGAAGCACUUUCGGAUGUAUGAUUUUGGAAAAGUCAAAAAUUACCUCACCUACGGCAAACUAUCGCCCCCGGAGUACAACCUGACCAGAGUGACCGUGCCCGUUGUGUUGUACUAUGGGUUGAACGAUUAUCUGGCGGCUCCGAAGGAUGUCCACACACUUGCCGCACGGUUGCCUAAUGUACGGCAAGCUGUUCAGGUGAACCACAAGCUGUUCAACCAUUUGGACUUUCUUAUCGCAAACGAUGUUCGUAAAUUGCUGUAUGACGAAGUGAUCGAACGAAUUGUCGAAGCUGACAAGGGGAAUUGAUUAGCGCGUGGCGUACGGGGUUAAGCCAAGAAUGUGCCUCGAACAAGCAGCACUUGUGUCCUAGGGAUAAGCUUCAGCUAAUCGAGUGCACUUGAAGCGAACGAACAGGUGCGGUUAUUUAUAAUUCAUAUUGAACGGAAACCGAACAAGUGCAAUUCUUUCUAGAUUUAGACUACUCUAUGCUAUGUAUUAGCUAUGUAUUGUACUAAGUAUGGCUAACGUCUACAUGGCAAAGCAAAUAUUUUUAAAGAUAAGCCGCAAUCGCGCAAUAUUGAAACCGCUGCGAAGGCCGGCACAGGCCCGUAGCCGAUAUUGUCAUGAAACGAAACGUCCUUCGUUAUCACAAGCACAUUAAAACAUUCGCGAUCAGCGAAACUGCCAACUCCACAGAGUGUUGUCAUUCCGGCCUUCAAGAGGCUGACCGGAAAAGUUCUUAGAAGAGAUAA